AUGAUUCCUUCCGUUCCCACAACUUAUCAGAUAUUGAUGAAAACGUUCAAAACGGGCGGCCGUUUCCUUUAAUCAAGAUCUAAUUCAAUAUAAUAUGCGUUAAAAAGUUAAUAAACAAGUCACUACUGAAAGUUUGUAAUUGGUACAAACAUUGGUGACCCCGACGUCCAACACCGACCAACUGACCCCGACGUCCGGCACCGAACAACUGACCCCGACAUCCGACAUCGACCGACCGACCCCAAUCGACUGAAGGAUCGACAUCGACCGACACCGACCAACUCGACGUACACAACUGACGUACCCAAACCAACGUACACAACUCGACGUACCCAACUCGACGUACAAAACUCGACGUACCAAACCCGACGUACAAAUCCCGACGUACACAACUCGACGUACCCAACUCGACGUCCACAAAACGGCGUACACAACCCGACGCGCAAACCCGCAGGUAUCUGUUGCCAUGCCAUUCUCAAAAACUACAACAGGCAGUGCCACCUCUAUUAACGAAGUUGCGAUGAUGCCCAUCGACAAUGAGAAGGGGGAAUUCCCGCGGGAACGGGGGGAUUCCCCCCCUUCCCGUAGAAAGCCAUUCCCGUCGUUCCCGUCCCCGCCGGGGAUUUUCAGUUCCCCCCCCCCCGCGGGUAUUUUAUUUAUUUUUUAACAAAAUAAUUAAAUAUAUUUGUAAAAAAAUAGCUUUUUAGCACACUUUUUCGUAUAAAAUUUCGCGCAAGCUGCGCCUCCUUAUUUGUUAUUUUUAUCAAAAUAUUUAUUUUUGAAACUACUUUUUGAAAUAGAAUUGAUUGUUUUUGGCCAAUUUUGGUUAUUGUUGGAACGGGUAAGUAAUUUUCAUUUUUAUGUUUUUUAUUUAGUAUUCAGUUUGAUUUUUCAGACGAUGAACUGCGUGUAACGUCGCCAAUUUGUGAACAAGUUGUUGAAACAGACGAAAGGUUGAUUGUAAGUGGCACAUUAUUAAUUAUUACUAUUAAAAAAUUUAAAAGUUAUAUUGAUUUUUAAUAAUUAUCGAUUGUAGGACGAAGUAAACGAGAUGAAGGCAAUAAAGCUAAGGAACAUUAUUCCUGAAGAGUUUUGGAAGGACAACAAUGAUUGA